UCUAUAUCCUUCUUCUUCUUCUGGAGAGGCGACGCGAAAUGGACCUCGCCAUCUGACUCUGAGGCUCGCGAUGGCUGGAGCUCGAAAUUCGAAAAUAAGUGAUGUUGAUGAGUAUGGUUUUGAGAGGCCCCAAGACUUCGACUACCAGACUUAUGAAGACUUCAUGUCCAGGUACUUAACAGUCCUUGCUCGCAGAGCUCGGAAAUGGUCUCAUUUGCUCGGAGCCAAAGAAACUGUCGGCCGGGGAAUAAAAGUGAAGCGAUAUGUAAGGAAAGGCAUUCCAAUGAAGCAUCGUGGAAAGAUUUGGAUGGAGGUCAGCGGAGGGAAGCACAAGAAAGAGAGUCAUAGUGGAUAUUACAAGAAGUUGCUUGAGGGACCUUACAAUGAAGAAUUGGUCGAUUCAAUAAAAAUAGACGUUCCUCGAACAUUCCCAGAUAACAUCUACUUCCGGGAUUACAAGGAAGGAAAAUUAGCAGACCUCUUUAAUGUUUUGAUUGCCUUUUCUCAUCAUAACAAAACUGUUGGAUAUUGUCAGGGUUUGAACUACAUUGCUGGGCUACUACUAAUUGUCACCAAAGAUGAGGAAAACACCUUUUGGCUUCUUGACGCGCUAGUGACCGACCUUUUACCACAGUACUACACUUCUGACAUGAUUGGAGUUCUGACAGACAUCAGAGUCCUAGAGGCACUUGUUAAAGAGCGAGCACCUUUGGUUUGGCGUCAUGUUGAUCACUAUGGAUUGACCUGGGACCUCCUCACGACAAAAUGGUUCAUAUGUCUUUUUGCCGAGGUUUUGCCGAUAGAGACAGUAUUAAGGAUUUGGGAUUGCUUGUUCUACGAAGGAAAUAAGGUCCUCAUGCGUGUUGCAAUCACGCUGGUGUUGACCAAUGAGCAGAAGAUUCUGAUGGCUCAAGAUUUUGGGGACAUUGUCGAAUGCUUUAAGAAGAUAACCAAUGAUACAAAUGCAAUUGACUGCCAUGUCUUUAUGGAGAAAGUGUACAAAGUCUCAGGAUCUUUUCCCCGCGCUCGACUGACCAAGUUACGACAGGAGAAAGAGACAGAGGUUGCACAGGGAAUGAAAAAAGCGUAGAAACAAAGUCCUGAGGAUGAUACAUGACGAAGGUUCCAGUGAUUGUCUAACUCAGGUUGUUUAUAACAUUCUUUUUCACGUAGUAUAACCGAUUCAUGUAUCACUUGAUCUGUGUUUUUGUAGUUUUUUAAUGAACUGAGAUGGUGACAUUCAUUUCAACAUUUUAACUUUGUCUAAAACUUUUUUAUUACAUGUGCAUGAGUGUGUGCAAAUGAGCUCUGUAUGUUGUAUGUACACAAUUACUGUAUGAGUAAUUAUACAAACACAAAAAUGCACUUAGACCUUUGAAUAUUUAAUUUUUAUGGUGUCUUUCGUUAGGUUUACCUUUGAUAUCUCAGAAUUAAAAGUAAACAGGUUACUUUAGCUUCUUUGUCAUCUUUUCGAAAAUUCAAACUGGAAAAAUGCAAUACUGUACUGUAUUUUGGGCAUUGUUUUUUACGACGUUAAUCAUCACUAUUUUAACCGAUUUAUUUAAGUUCUGAGGAGUUGAAGGUGAUUUCAGAUCUCAUUAUGUUGUAUUGUGUACAUUGUUACACAAUGUGAGGUUAAUUUUAUUCGCACAUUUACGGUUAUAAUAGACGGACUGGAUAUCACGAUAUUGGGAAGUUUAUAUCACUCUUCCUUUUUUCUGUCUAUAGAUAGUCAAAUUAUGUCUGCUGUUAUUAAAUUGCUGUACCUUAAUGAUUUAUCUUCUACGGAAGACAAUUAGUUUUAAUUUUUUCCUGAAGUAAUUUCCCUGAAAAAAUUUAUAAGGGACUUCAUCAGUACUUUGAAAGAGGACAGUCGGUAUGGUUCCAGUUUCAAGUUUAACUUGCAGUUCAUUUAACUUUGGCUGUGUCAAGUUAUUUGUACAUCCUCUCUUCCAUCUGCAUUUGUCGUAAAUAUUUUUUUGAUAAUCUGUUCCUGGAUGCAUUUCCCUUCACACUCCUGUUUUUACAGGGUGAUUUGGUGCUAACUUUGCUGUUGCCAUGUUGGGCUUUUUGCUCUUUUUUUAGCUGAAAACAGUCAUUAUUGAUUCAGCUCUGUAAUGUAAGGGGAAUCUUAACUGUUGUGACAUGAUGGUUUGAUCUGUGGUUGCACCUUGAAGCUGUUAGUUUUUAAGAGCAACCAUGACCUUUCAUCUUUGUCGUCUUCGUCAGGUUCUCUGUCCAGUACCAGCUCCUGGAGACACUCCAUAAUUUUCAUUGCUGCAUUGCAAACUAGUUGACAGCUUUGCCAACAGUUCAUCAGGUAUUCUUCUCCAGAGGACUAGCUGUAACAGGGCAAAAUAUGCAAUCUGUUUACAUGGUGGAAUUGCCAUUUGUGGAAGAGAUCAGGAUUGGCUCUUGGACUGAUCCUGACAUGAGUACGACCGAAGACCCUUGUUGACUUCCUUAGCCACCACUACAUUGCAUGAAGAUAUAUGGGGAUAUCAAAUCAGUGUGAUUCAUAAUCAGCUCCUUUGAGGAUAUAGGAAGAAACCAGGAGAUUGCCUGGUAUUCAUGUGAGUGCAUCAUCUUUAGGGUAUUUCAUCAGUUAAGAGAGCUAUCCAAGGAGCUUUUGCUACUGUUGCGAUCAGUCAUUUCAGAGGUACAGAACUUCGUAAAUCCUUACAAGCCUUCUGAAAGAAUGUAUAGUUGAACCAGUGUGUGUAGGGGUAGGUUUGCACACAACAACCUGACAGCCAUAGAUUAUUAGUCAUCAUUUCAGUAUAUGUUUGUACUAGGUACAUAAUUACAGUUUGACUCUCCUGAUUUUCUUGUGGAUAUUUUUUAUCUAUUUUCUUGGGCAGUUACUGAAAUUACAGUGCUUGUAGACACUGCAUCUAGAAUUUAAUUACAGUACUUCCUCCAAGAAGUUGACUAAUAUUUGGUCUACUUACAUGAUGUAACAGUUUAUAGUGUUACACUAGAUAGUCCCAGUCUUGCUUGUAUCAUGCAGAAAAUGCAUGAAUUGUGGGCCAGGUAACCCAGUUAUUAGAGGUUAAUUUCCUAAUCCAAUGUGAAAAGUUUAGCACUAAGGAUUAAAACGAAAAGCUAUGAAAAUUCAAGAAGUUGCUCUCUGCCGCAAAACAAUUGAGAAACAUCUUAAUUUGAAAAGUAUUAGGCAGCUAGUUCAGGAUUUUUAGUGUUAGAAAACAUUCAGUGACCUCAAGAAUAUAUUAGAUGCUCUGUACAAGAAUGAACUUGAAGUAUCUUGUUUAAGUGUCAGUAAAGUUACAGGACUAAGUAUUAGUCCUACAUGUAAUUGUCAUAAGAGAUAGCAUUACCUUAUAUUUCAUUAUACAGGGUAUUGAUUUUAUGUAAACUGGCUUCACUUUAAUGAAACAUGACAUUGGCACCUGGUGGUAAGUAGAUCAUCGGACUUUACAGGGAUUUUGAAGAUUACAGAUUACAGAUGACCAACAGAAGCAGCUUAAUUUGAGAGAUUCCCAUUAGUGAGAAAUAUUUAUGUUCAUUUUGCCAUGAUUUUCGUAGUAAGGCUGUGAUGUUUAAACGAUCCUUUAUUUGGAUUAGCUUGGCCAAAUAUUCUUCUUUUCCACUUUGUUUUGUCUACUGGUAUGGGUUAGAAUAUAAUUGCUUUGGUGUGAAAGCAGGAGUUCUGGAGAGUGAAGUGGGCUUUGGAUACCCUCCCCUCUCCUUCUCACCCUUCACCUUGUUUCUGAGGGUUUGUAAGUCUUCUUGUUUGCCUUUACCAGACUUUGGAACCAAGAGACCACCUCCAUCAUUCCCUUUUCCUCUCCACUUCUCCCUUAUCUACUAUUUUAGCAUUCCUGAUAAUUGAAGGUAAGGUGUUUGAUUGACAAAACCAUUCCUUUCUGUGGUAAACUAUUGUUUAAUGGUAAACUAUUGUUUAAUAAUUGUGUUUCAAUUGUGUUUUUAAUCAGACUGUAAGGUAACAUGCUCCUACUGCCGUAACCUGUGAACGACCAGAGUCAGUGAGAUCGCAGUAUAAUCUUGAACUUUGUAUUUUACCGAACGCAUUCUCGGUAACAAGGAUUUUCCAUUAGUAUUUUUCAUAAUGUAUAAUGAAAGGCCACAUGUGGCAAGAAUGCCUUAUAAAAUACAAUACUGUACAUGUGCUGAACAUAUGUACCUUUCAAUGUACAUAAUACUGUAUAUUAUACAGUAAUUUGUCUACUGUAUUUAAGAAUCCUUCUCUUAAUUCUGAAACUGUAUCAAUCAAUUCUGUAAUCUCAACUGUUAUAAAUUUGGUGCAUUUUUUACGAUUUGAAAAAUUUUACAGUGAAUGUUUAUUUAGAAACCAUUCUCUUUACCCUGUAAGCAAUUUUAACUACUAUUACUCUUAUAUUCUGUACUUUUUAUGCAUUCUUGUGAUAAGGGAAACUUUGCAUAGUUAGGUUUGUAAAACUAUUGCAUCAACAUAAAGCUGAUUUAGAAUGAAAACUGUGAGUCCACUGUAUUUUAUUUGCAGGAUGUACCAGUUUAACUGAUCAGAUGGGAUGUGUAUUUUUUGUUGUAGUUUUAUGCUCUGAGUUACUUAAAACAAUACUGUACCUUGAAUAGCAGUACAUUCCUAUUUCAUUGGCCUCAGCAUGCAUGUUCCCAUUGUGGUAUUUGAACAGUGGGCCCUUGGGUGACAUACAUACUUAACCACUGAACUUUCAUGAGGUCAGUUACAAUCAAUUAGACUUGAGCUUUAUGGCAGCCAUUUAUUUUUAGUCUUUUAAUGUUUUAGUUCUGAACACACUUUAGAAAAGUUUUUUUUUUAUGCAUAUUUAUUUGACUAGUCAAUCGGGAAUUGCUACAUUACUUUGCUCCAAUUCUUAAGAAAGAAUUUUAUCUGGCUGACCCCUAUGAGGGUGUUAAAAGGUGAUUCGGUGGUUGCAAUUAGGUACCUUUAGAAUUUUCCUUAGUGAACUACAGCUGCUUGUUAGAACAGAGUAGCUACAACUAAGGUAUGUUUAUCUGUUUAAACUUGAGUCUUUAAUAACCCAGAAAAGUGUUUACUGAUAAUUGUGAAGUUUAUGAAAUUUUAAUUGGCAUGCAUUUACUAGGAUUAGUUUCAUGAGGAACUUAGUUGAAGUAUAUAUUAUAAAAGUAAUAUUUUUAGUGGUUGAAACCUUGUUGUCAUUAUUCUCAGUGUUGAUGGUUUCUGAAUGUAAGUUCAGUGUUUUAAACUGAUAGAGAACUUAAUAUUACAGUAUUUUAAAUGUUGUUUUACCAACCAUGCAGCAUUGUCAAAGCUAUGAUUAUGGUACUAAUUGUGAAGUGUAGUGAGGAUGAGGUACCAUGGAAUAUAGAGAGCAAUCCGACACUCACUUCAGUAUCUUUCUUUUCGCUAUUCUUUCCGUGCUUGUGUGAUGUCGGUGAGAAUCUUUUUCCUGUCCAUGUUGAUAGGUAGGAAAUCCUAAAGUAACUUUGAGGGAUUCCUAAAGGGAGAAUAGUGCAUUGUAAGGACACAUGAUUAGUCAAUUUGACUAAUCAUGACAGGAUAGCGCUGCUACUUUUUUGCAGAGAGCAGGUUGGACACUGUUGCUACGCAUUAUAGUAUUUGGUCUUGGACGCUCCUGUUGCAUCAGAAUCUGAUUUGAAGACUGCUGUUUACCACACAGGAUUUUAGGGUUUGGACAAUGACCUCAUGCAUCUGAAAUUAUACAAACAACCAUGAUCUUCAGCUGAGUCAUCUUCAUUUGGUUAUUUCAGAGGCUCUCCAAACUACCUCAUACACCAGUAGUUUCUUUGGUUCAGACGCUAUUCAUGUCCAAAUUGCAGACACCAGUCAUUAAGGGACUCCAGCUAAAAUUGAGUAUGUCAUCUUUUGAAAGGCAGUUGUCUGAAUUAUCUUUCAUUUAUGCCAUUGUCAAUCAUUUCCUUUGUUUUCCCUAAUGGUCUUCAUUCUAUUUCUUUCAUGCCUGUUGUUUUAUGAAUUGACUGCUUUAAGUUCCAUCUCAUUACAUGCCCAGGCCAUCUCAGUCCGUGAGUUCUCUUGUCUAUUUUCCCAUUGCUGGAUAGUUGAUAUUUCCACUGCUUUCUUCAAACACCAUUAUCUGGAAAACCAGUUAUUAGGCUUCCACUUCAGUGUACUGUUAGGAAUGAGAAAGGAGAUUGCUCUUAAAAUCCAUAGUAGCUCAUCCUUACUCAGUACCCUACUACUUUUUGUUAAUACAUAUCUUCAUUUUAUACCUGCAACAGUUAAGCAGGUAAAAGCUUAUUAAAAUUUUAGGUUGUAUGUAAGAAAUUGUUGGGUUUUUUGACAUAUUUUAAAUGUUAUGGUUAUUGCAGUAAAAAAGCAGUUUUGGAAAGUGCUUAUGGAUAAUAACAUUUUAGAAAAUUAUGUGUAAGUUUGUUCCUCAAAUUUGUGAUAGUAUUUAAACUUUACUAUAAUUCCCUAGAGUAAAAAAAAGGCCAUUAUAAUUAUCCACUUGAACCUUAGAACAUACCUUAAAAUAAUUCCAUUGUUCCUUGUUUGGGUAUGUUAUAAAAUUCCAUUGUUAAUGUUAAGGAUAUGUAAAGUUUAUGCGUAUUUCAAAUGUGUAUCGAAGAUUUGUCUUAUGGAGUACUGUUCUCUGUUGUGUGUGGGUGAUGGAAAUCAAGUGCUGUUUGUAGUAUAAGGAUGAUUAUCUCCUUCAUAACGGGAAACUUGCCUUUCCUCGGCAUCUUAGGUUUUGUGGAAUGUAUAGAUAAGAUUUAUUUUAAAGACUGUGAUAUGUAAAAACUUCUGUUGUGUAUGUUGUUUUUUACAUUAUACUUGGUACUUAGAUUAAAUUAUGUGACAAUAUCA